CCAAACAGUCGAAACAUCCAACCAUGACCGCGCGAAGCAGCAGAUAACUUCAGACGAACAAGCAAAGCCUGCUCAUCAUUCCAUCACGGUCAUCGAUUGACCCAUGAGGACGUCGCACAUAGCCAAGGAGACAUCGAGGCUGUUCGAGGGAGCAACAACCGCCAUGGCAACACCAGCAACACCACGUCGCUCAACGCGUCUGAGCACUCUUGCCCGAUUCGCCUAUGAAGCAAACAAUGCGAAUGCGAAUGCCAGCUCGAGCUCCGCGCCGGUUGAUUUGCGAUCUUCACCAUUGCGAGCCACGAAGAUCGAGGAGGAUCACGAGGAAGACGAACACGGAAUCACCUUCGGGUCUGAUAUAGAAGAUGCCGUCAAGUCCAGUGGCUCGCCAGCCGUCAAGGUCAAGCGCAGGAACCCAAUCGUCACGCGAAAACGGAAGCGUGUUACCACGACAACUACCGCGACAGCGCUGAAGACGGAGGAGUCACUGCCCGCCCCGACGAGGAUCAAAACCGAACGGAAGAGUACGAGAAUCAUCAACCAAACCGCAGAAGCCGAAGUGAAAUCGGAUUCCGAGAUCGAUAUGAACGAUAUCCCGGUCGUGGGUACAUCUACUACAUCCAGCAGAAAACGCACCGCCCGCAAACCCGCCCGCAAGACGACCGAUGCCCUUACUGGCGAGGUUAAGGUCGAGCCCCCUUCUGACUGGGAGGAGGUGUACAACUUGGUCAAGGAGAUGCGCAUCUCUGGCCCCGCCGCCAACGCCGCAGUCGAUACCAUGGGAUGCGAGCGCCUGGCCAGCAACAACGCAUCAGCACGCGAUCGGCGGUUCCAUACUCUCGUCGCCUUGAUGUUGUCGAGCCAGACCAAGGACACAGUCAACGCGGAGGCGAUGUUGCGGUUGAAGAAGGAACUACCUCCCCACACCGAGGGCGCGGAGUCGGGCCUGAAUCUGGAGAAUAUGCUGGCUGUUGAGCCGGCCGUUUUGAACGAGUUGAUUGGCAAAGUUGGGUUUCAUAACAACAAGACCAAAUACCUCAAACAAGCCGCCGAAAUCCUCCGCGACCGUUACAACUCCGACAUCCCCGACACCAUCGAAGGCCUCAUGUCCCUUCCCGGCGUUGGACCCAAGAUGGCGCAUCUUUGCAUGUCUGCCGAGAACGGCUGGAACCGCGUCGAGGGUAUCGGUGUGGACGUCCACGUCCACCGCAUUACCAACCUCUGGGGCUGGCAGAAUCCGCCCACCAAGACCCCCGAGGAGACGCGCCUUGCGCUGCAGUCGUGGCUGCCCCGUGACAAGUGGAAGGAGAUCAACUGGCUGCUGGUCGGGUUCGGACAGUCGGUGUGUCUUCCCGUGGGAAGGAAGUGCGGUGAUUGCGAGCUGGGCCUGAGGGGCUUGUGUAAAGCUGCGGAGAGGAAGAAGGUCAUUGAGGGCCGGAAGAGGAGGGAGGUGGUGAAGGAGGAAAAGGUGGAGGUCGAGACCGAGGUUGUCAGGUUCAAGGGAGAGCCGAAAGAGGAGGGUGGCGAGGAAGAUGAGCGGGAUAUGGUAAUCAAGAGAGAGAAGAGAGAGGAAAGGAUUGAGGUCAAGGAAGAGGAGGUGGCUAGGGUCAGGGAUGUUGUGGUCAACGAGCCCAUACCGCCGGCGGUUCGGGAAGCUGUUGCGGAUCAAGCUGUGAAGAUGGAGAGCAUUGAGGACGUUGAGAUGGAAGAUGUCGAUGAGGCUCAAUCGGCCGUUGCCAACAUUGAGCCCACGAUAGAACACAGCCCGCCCAUCAUCAAGCAAGAAGGUAUGAGGGUGAAGCGCGAGAGGCUCGCCGAUGAGGAAGAGGACAAUGAAGAGGCUGACCAAAAAUCUGUUGUCAAGGUAGAAGUCCUUAGGGUAAAGCAGGAACAGAGUGUUCAUGGAUUGGAAGCUGAGGAAGAAGAGAACCAGCCACCGCAGGUGGUCAAAAGAGAGCCUGCGCGCGUCAAGCAGGAGCCAAAUAUUGGCGCCGAAGAGGGGGAGUCGGCACAUCGGCACUGCGUCGUGAAAAGAGAGCCCGAAAGGGACCUGGCUACAGUCAAGCAGGAGCUCGAUUUCGACGAGGAAGAAGAAGGCGAUGACCUUCAACCACAAGUUGUAAAAUCCGAGCAUCCGAGAGUGAAGCAGGAGUCUGAACUCCCAGAGCACGGCGAGGAAGAAAACCAUCGCCCACGCAUUGUGAAGAGGGAAUCCCUUAAUGGAGCUACGAUUGUCAAGCCGGAGCCGAGCCUCAACGAGCAAGGCGCGGAAGACCGCCAGGGGCGCUCGGUCAAGAGAGAGCCACUCCUGGAACGCGCGAUAGUGAAGCAGGAACCUAACCUCGGUGGUUCCGAGGAGCAUGAGGCCGAUUACCGGCCAUCCAUUGUCAAACGAGAGCCUGGACGGGUGAAACAGGAGGCCGAGGAUGAGCAGGAGGAGGAAAAAGAACUCGAUAAACCAGCCGUGAAGAGCGAACCUGUCGAAAGGGAGCAAGAACCUGUCAGGGUGAAGAGGGAGGCUGCUGAUGAAGGCAAACAAGAGGAGGAGGAGGAGGAUGUUCAUGUUAAAACUGAACAUGGCGGUAGAGUUAAGGUGGAGGAGGGAAUGGCGAGGAUCAAACUGGAAAGAUGACGUCGAGAUGCACUGUUGGAAAUGUCUUUUGAUUCCUAUAGCAGUGUGGUAGUACUUUCAGGGUAAAUAGGUUAUACGUAAGAUGGAAUCAACAGACUCGAAUGGAUUCA